AUAGCCAAUUUACAUUAUCAACUCAGUUGAUUAAAUCAAAUUAUCUUAUAAUAACCACCACCGACGCAGCACCACAAUGAGAAACUUACCCCCUUUACCUUAGACCAAGACAGACUCGAUGUGUGCUACGCUGCCUACUAUUGUUUUAAGAUACCUCUCAACAAAGAAUGCAACAAGUAACAAAGUCACCUCUAUAAAUAACUUUUGAUGUUGGCUGAUCUCGACUCGUUUUAUUUUUGUGUUACCCAAUGAUUUCAAGUUGUCGUGAUACAGGGCACGGAAAAUUAGUCAAACGCAAUUUUCGGCCGAUUUUAAGUUCAAAAUUAGCUGUGAUCGUGAAACCUCCAAAGAUUAGAGUAGCGGUUCUCUCUUUAUAAAAAGUAAAGAUUUAUUCAAAAUAGCUACCGAAGUAACUUGAGCAAUAUUUUUAACUUCCACAAAAUGUUUUGUAAGAGAGAGGUCCUCAUAAACUACCUAACAAAAAAAGUUAACUAAAACCAACAAAGCAUGUACUUUGGGGUACCUAAUUCUUGACUACAGUACAUUCGUUAGGAUGAACUAGGGGCAACUUAUUCCUUCAUUCCCAUGAUCAGAAAGACCACGUACACUCUCACUCUUAGCCCUUCUGCAGAGGUCGCGCCAAUUUACAUUAUCGACUCAUUUUAUGGAUAAAAUUAUUUUAUUUCUGGUAAGUUGCUCCCACAAAGAGGGCUUGUGAUGUCAAGAAUAUUUACACCCAAAAAGGGAAUUUUUUCUCUUAGGUGUGGUGUGCAGACAUUCAUACACGCCCGGUCCCCGCUUAGUAAAGGGUGGAACUGGAAAUACCACUCCGGAUUAUCGCAUGUUCUUGGCCUGUUUUAGAUCAUAACUGAAACUGAAACAUUAUCACCUUGUCAGUAUUAAGUUCUUGUUUUGCCAGGGAAAUCGAUGACCCGAACGUGUCGGCAUCUUUUGCUGACGUGGCUUCACCUUUGGUUUGGGGGCAUAAACCACAAUAACAUUGUCAAGUCAUCUUUUUACCUUUGUCACGUAUCCUCUUCAUAACGGAAAUCAAGAAUGUAAAUAUUACGUCUUUUACAAAAUUGAACUGGGGUUAUGAUGCUUACGGAAGCCAAUAUUUUCGCAUACAGCUUUGUGUCUGAUAUCGUAUAAUUACGACAUUGUCUCUUCAGUUUUACCAGAGGGGUCAUCAUGCAACCUAAGAUUAUCGGGGAAUUUUCCUCUUUUUAAUUCUCAUGUCCUUGCCAUAAUCCUACUAAAUCAAAACCAAGAAAAUCGAGAAGUUCAAGCUGUCAAAAAAAUAUACGAAAGAAAAAUGCAAAUGACAGAAAAAAAAGCUGGUAAAAGAAAAGUAAAAAAAAAAAAGAAAUUUUAACCUCUGAUCACGUGACAGUGUUCUCUGUUUUGAUUGGUGAAUACUGCUGUUGAAUAACUUGAACCCCUCAGCAAAGCAAAACAAAACAUUUUCACUUCUACAGUAUCGCUUGAGAGAUGAAAGGUGGAUAACUGUCUCUUUCACCCCGUUCAAUUACCACUUCUGUAACGCUGUACUGUUUACCAAAGGACGGAAAGUGUCUGACAGCAAGGGAUUAGAAUUAAGCCUCAUUUGACAGCGCGAAUUAAACCUCACAACAGACCCACCCGAACUUAUUGUCACAUCGCCAAGCUUAUGAAACAACUCGUGCGAAGGCUCCUACAACUGAACCUGUACCUUAUCUCCGAGACUUGGCGAAUCUCGUGGAUGUUUGCAUUUUAUGGAACCAAUUUCUCCAUCGUCGCCAUAGGAAUGUUCUACGUUAUUGAUUUCCGUCGUUUAUUUUGAUGUGACGCAUUACCGCUCCUGCUUUCAUCACUUUCCUUCUACAGCGCAGCGACCGAAGAAUCUCCUGUUCUUAGACACGAAAAGAGAACUAUCUGGUUCUCUGUUGUGAAAGGAGUGUGGCUCUGAGGUACGGUAAUGCUUCAAGGAGGUUUGAUUGACGUGAACAGGCAUUUUCAUACCAAACUGAGAAAAUCGCUCUUCUUGCCAGUGCGCCCGCCAUAUCAAACGACGAUAAGAACGUAGUUAAGUCACCUAAACAAAACGUCCUUGUCUGACCAGUUUAUGGGCUUUGAGGGAUUACAGUGAAAAGCUUUUUAGUGGGCUUGGUUCACAGGUGACCUCCAUAACUUGUUUCGUUCAGGUUGCAUAACGACUUUAGAGACUUGAGAGUGAUUAGUGCGCCUGCCAAACAAGGCGGGAAUUUCAAAUAAACAUGGACGAAGUCGACUAUGAUCAGGAGCUUCCUCGUGAGCUCAUCAAGUGUGUCUUAGUUGGAGAUACUGGUGUUGGAAAGACACGCCUUAUUUGUGCACAAGCUCUUGGAGUUGGUAUCCCUGCACCCCAACAAGAAACAAAGCAACAUAUACAUUUUCCGACGGUUUUUGCAAUUGAUCAGUAUCAUGUGUCUCAAGAAAUAAGGGAGCGUGCGAACUUCCGAGUUGAUGGAGUCGAUGUGGCAUUGAGACUGUGGGAUACAUUUGGUGAUCAUGAGUUUAACCGCAAAUUUGCAUAUCAGAAUGCUCAUGUUGUAUUGCUCUGUUUUGCUUUAAAUUCCCCCAACAGUUUCAAGAAUGUCAAUGCUGUGUGGUACAGUGAAAUAAAAAAGUAUUGUCCCAGAACCCCUAUCAUUCUGGUUGGUAUGCAAUCUGAUUGGCGUAUGUAUGGCAAAGAGACCACAGUGAACUCCAACAGAAGUUUGUCAAAGCGGAUGCGAGAGUGUUCCCUUGUGACACCAGACAUGGGUCGCCAAGUGGCAAAAGAGAUUGGUGCAACUUACUAUGAGACAAGUGUUGUAACAAUGUGGGGCAUCCAUCAUGUGUUUGAAAAUGCAAUUCGUGUGGCACUUAUCAACAGGCGACAGAUGAGAUUCUGGUCAUCUCAACUGAAAGGGAUCCAGAAUCCACAGCUUCAACCCCCUUACUUGCCAGAAAAACCUGAUCCUCCCAAAGUCACUGUGCCACCCUCCAUCUUUAAGGAAAACAUUAAGGAAUUACUUGAUGGUGGCAUGUGUGCAGAUGUAGAAUUUCAAGUUCGUGGUCAGACCAUCAAGGCUCACAGAGCAAUUCUUUGUACUGCAGCACCAACAUUUGCUAAGCUUUUCUCUUUGAAUGAGGAAAAACUCUUCAAAGGGCUCAGCACUAGAGAAAAACUUGUGCUUCAGGAUGCUCUUGUGUUUGGAGAGCGAGGGAGUCUACCCAGGGGUUUUGUAGCGCUUGAUUCUUACAAUGAUAUCUGGGACAAUGAGGAACAGAGCUCCAUGGUUCAAGUUACAGUUGAAAACUCUCUUACAUACAGAAAUUUCAUGUACAUUCUUGAAUUUCUGUACAGUGGAAAUAUUCCUCUUGAUGCAUGCACUGAGGAACUCAAAGAUGCUGCAAGAAAUCUUCAACUCUGUAACCUUGUAAGUUACAUUGCCAAUGUAAUGAACAAUAUGGAGUACAUGAACACUGAAAUUCACUCGAAAAUGGUGCGAGAGAUGUCUUCCAGUGCUAAAAAGCUGGUGAACUCUGAAAUGUUCUCUGAUAUUGUGUUCCGCAUUGAAGGCAGGAUUGUUAUGGCUCACAAGGCAUUUCUGGUUGCACAGUGUGAGAUGAUGGCAGCAAUGUUUAUGACUGGACACUUCAAAGAAAGUGGGGUACAAGUGGUGGAAUUUAAGGACACAAACUUUGAAGCAUUUUUAAGUGUCCUAGAAUAUCUCUACACUGGGCAGUGCCUAUCUCUAUCAGUGGACGAUAUCGUUAGUGUGUUGGCUCUGGCAAAUUUCUUUUGUCUGCCCAGACUUGUGGCUCUUUGUGAGCAACACAUUGUCAAAGAACUGCAGGUUGCCAUAGCAACAAAUGAAAUGGCUGUCGCUGAGGACAUUGUUGGUUAUCUUCUUGAGGCUCAAAUUCACAAUGCUUCACAACUAGAAGCCUGGUGUAUUUACUACAUUGCCACACACUAUAAUGCAGUCUGCCGCCAUUGCCCUAAGCAUGUGAAGAACCUCGACUCAUCAACACUCAAGGGCAUAGAAAAGAAACGGUGGCCACCAGCCUGGUACAUUCUAGAGGCUGAUUGGUAUGAAAAAGCAACAAAGGAGCUUGAAACUGAGAAGGCUGCAGAGAAGCUACGGAAAUCACACAAGCACAUUAGGCAUAAGAGAAAGUGUAGCUGCUUGUGAGAUCACCCUCAAAACAAGGUGGCAGUGUUUCACUGUAGUGGUAAAUAAACAGACUUUAAGUAGUGUGUUUUGCAUCUUGAUAUGACAGAGAUAUAUAUCUUAAAGCCUUAAUAUAAUAAGUAUUCAUAUAGAGCAUUAUUAUUAUCAUUGUUAUUAUUAUUAUAGUCUGACAUAUAACUUUUGGAUACAACAUGUAUGUAUUUUUUUAAUUACAGUAUAAUUACAAUGGAAUUAUAUUCAGUCUGCCUUACUUACGUGUCUAUCAGAAUAUCACCCAUAUCAGUAGUGUCACUAGUGAUACGAUUUUGUGACAGAAAUGCUAAUAUAAUUGUAGUUUAAUUUCAGGGGCUAAAGUAGAAGAAAAAGUGGAAAAAAUUUGUGGAUGUCUCUGUAUAUGAAGUUUAAGCUGUACACAUGAAAAACCAACAGAGGGUAAUGAAAAUUAUUGUUUAUUGUUCAACAAAAAUCACAUAAUUGCAGUCACACUGAAAAUUUACUUGAUUGUAAAUUAAAGCAGUUGCAGGCUGGUCAAGUGGAUACCAAUCAAUACAGUACAGUAGUAAUAUUAACUAUCAGUGCACCAGGUGCUCCUAUAGAGAAAUUGAUUAUAUUAGCAACAGAGAAAAAUUAGUGUAUUGUGACCAGUGUUGCGAGUCAUAACUGAAUGACUAAUAUAACAUGGACUAUACCAAAGCAUUAGAAUAGCCUCCAGAGGUGUAGAUAUGUAUCACAGUUUACCAGUACAUGUAUAGGAAUUUUUUUUUCUUAGUUUGUACCUGUGUUUAGAAAGUUAUAUUUACUGGAAGUACUUUUGGAAAGUUACUAUCCAGUCCAGAUAUAACAUUCUUUAAAUUACCCAAAAUGUUUGUGUAGGCAUGCACUAUCAGUGCAGAACUAAAAUCCAAGUGUGUUUAUUUUGGUGUACUUUGUACUUAUCAGGCGUAUACUAUCAAUUACUUAAUGAUAUCUUCUUGUAUCAUCAAGCAAUGUAGCCCUUACUUGCUUGAGCUAAACUACACUGAAUACUUAAAUGCAUCCUGCAAGCACUGUUAUCUUUGAAAACAAGUAUGUGCAGAAAAUAGCCCAAGAAAAAAUUCCACCUUUUUUUCUUGUGAAAAGGCAUUUUUAUGUUUUAGUUUCAAGGAACUACUCUCAAGUAAGGAAGUAUAUUUACAAAUUCAGGUUGUCUUUAGCUGUUUUUUUGGAGCUGCAUAGCAUAGUUCCUUAUGUAUGUGAAUGUUGUUUUGUAAGUCUUACAAGUAUAUUCCAACUGUGCUAAACAGUGCUAAGAAUCAAAGCAAAUAAGCAUCUUAAAGAAAGUAGAUGAAAUUUAA